AUGCCAUAUAAGUGGGCUGCAUACCUCCUCUUCCAUAUGCAUUUCGCACAGAUAUUUCACACCGCGUCGAUUUGCCUCACACUCUCGCUUGCCGUAUGGAGAUAUGUCGCAAUAAAGUAUUCAGACAGAAGCCACGUUCUAUGUACAGAGAAGCGAUGCAGCACCGCUAUUCUGAGCAGUUUCAUUUUACCGCCUAUCCUUUGUAUUCCAACGUUUAUGGUCUUCGACAUCCACACUGCUGUAGUUCUGGAACCAAAUGGACCAAUGAUAUUGUAUCAUGUAGACUCCGAUGAAGAGGGUCAAUUAUACCAGAUCAAUUUUUGGGUACACGCUGUCGUCAUCAAAUUGCUACCUUGUUUCAUACUGACGGUGAUAAGUUUAUGGCUUAUACGGGAGGUGUACAGCGCGAAUGAGCACCAAAAAAAGAUAAGAGUUUACAACGCGUGUCCAACAAACGAUACAAUAUUAAAGCGUCAAUGUAAAGGUGAUAAGAGAACAAAUAGAACUACGAAGAUGUUAGUCGCUGUGUUGUUGCUAUUUCUGGUGACAGAGUUGCCUCAAGGGGUCUUGGGAUUGUUGAGUGGAGCAUUAGGUCGAUGCUUUUUCAAACGCUGCUAUGACUUAUUUGGUGAACUAAUGGAUGCGCUUGCGCUGCUAAAUGGGGCAAUUAAUUUUGUGCUUUACUGCGCGAUGUCGCGACAGUUUCGGAUGACAUUUCGUCAAAUGAUGUGGCGAGCGCAUAUCCAUCGCUGGCCUCCACCACAGUCUUCACAUUCGGACGGUUUAAAUACGUAUGUACCUAUAUGUCUUUUUUUUGUAAUAUAUCAACGUACUAAACGU